GAGAAGGAGCUAGCCUUGAAGUCUCUUUAACCAUUUUUAUUUGAAAAAUAAUAGAUGGAGACAGAAAGAGUACAAAACAUUGCAUCUACAUUCGAAGAAACAAUCCCGGAAGCGUUUAUCAGAUCUGAGCAUGAGCAACCUGCAAUCACCACCGUUCAUGGGGUCAACCUUGAUGUCCCCGUCAUCGAUGUAAGCGACCCGGAUGAGGAAAAGAUCACCCGUUUGAUCGCUGAUGCUAGCCGGGAGUGGGGCAUGUUCCAAAUUGUGAACCAUGGCAUACCGAGUGAGGUCAUUAGCAAGUUUCAGAGUGUGGGUAGAGCCUUUUUUGAGCUCCCACAAGCAGAGAAGGAACUCUAUGCCAAGCCACCAGGGGCUAAGUCUAUUGAAGGAUAUGGAACCUUUCUUCAAAAAGAAGUAGAGGGCAAGAAAGGUUGGGUUGAUCAUUUAUUCCACAGGAUAUGGCCUCCUCCUGCCAUUAAUAACCGGUUCUGGCCAAAAAAUCCACCUCUAUACAGGGAAGCCAACGAGGAAUACGUAAAGUAUCUGCACGGGGUUGUAGACAAACUCUUCAAGAGCCUGUCGUUAGACUUAGGGCUUGAAGAGCACGAACUCAAAGAAGCUGUGGGCGGAGAUGAGCUGACAUACCUUCUCAAAAUAAACUACUAUCCACCUUGCCCACGUCCUGAUCUAGCUCUUGGGGUGGUGGCUCACACUGACAUGUGCUCCAUAACAAUUCUUCUUCCCAAUGAUAUUCAGGGCCUCCAGGCCUGCAGAGAUGGACAGUGGUAUUGUGUCAAGUACAUACCACAUGCAUUAGUCAUCCACAUCGGCGACCAGAUUGAGAUUUUGAGCAAUGGGAAGUAUAAGAGUGUGUUCCACAGAACCACAGUAACUAAAGAUAAGACAAGAAUGUCAUGGCCUGUGUUCUUGGAGCCUCCAUCUGACCUCGCUGUAGGCCAUCAUCCAAAGCUCGUUAAUGAAAAGAAUCCCCCCAAGUACAAGACCAGGAAUUACGGUGAUUAUUGCUAUUGUAAGCUCAACAAGAUUCCACAAUAGGUGAACUCAGGAGGAGGAUACGAGUGUCGUUUUCUAUAUUUCUUGUGUUAGCGUAAUUGUGUUGCAAGGAGAAUCUACCCCUUUAAUGACUUUAACAGAAAAUUCCUGUUAACAUGCGAACAUAAUAUGAAAUCUGCCGAAUAUUUUUACUUUGUCAUAACUUU